CGUCAGGACCCCAGAGGUGGCUAUGGGAUGUGAUAACCAGCUCCGUGCUUGGCGGCUAAACCAACAAUCCGGGCUUCCUACUUGCAACGGACAUAGCCAGGAGGAGAUACCGCCGUCAAGGUACUGAAUUAUGCCUGAUAAGGCAUCAGAUCCUGCCACACUGAUCCAAUGGAUCCGCUAUGGUACGAACAUGAAAGCCGAGCUGGUCCCUGAAAACAUGGAAUGUACUCUGGAAAACUUUCGCGAAGGCUACACAAGCCAUCAACCGGGGCUGCCACUGUUGAGUGCAACAACUCCAAUUCAAGACAAAUCCUCACUACUUGUUUCAGAAAAACUCGCCAAAAACGUCUUCAAUAUUACCUGUCUGACAAGAUUCUUGGACCAUCGCCACGAAGUCCUGGCAAACAAGAACCAGGACAGUCUCGAGCGUCUUGGGGGUGACCACAGGCUCGUUUUCAGCUUCUCAUAUCCUCCCUACUUGACUAUGGCAGAUUGCAAUACUCGGCUAUCCUCCUCCAGACUUUACCCCGAGGUCAGAAUCGAACUAAUAGCCAACGUGAUGAAGGCUACCCGAGAGCGUGACAUGCACGUCAUGAACCAGAUUGAUCAGUUGAAAAGACACUGUUGUCUUGUUUGGAGCCUAUACUAAAACAACACAACUAUAGCAGAUAUUAUGACACGAAUAUUAUGUAUGACGACUUUUUAACAUAUCAGCGGCGAUCCUGAGCGUUUGCCCUUUAGUAGCUACUUUUCUGCCAAACAGAGCGGGACAUACAACCAAGGCGAUGAUCCAAGGUGAACUGAC